CGAUGCCUUUAUGGAUGUAUUUGUAGCAUUGGCUAUUAUUGCAUUGGAAAUAGCAUGCAUUGUUCGCAUUUUGAUCUUCGCAUCUGAAUGUUGUUCAGAUUUUGUUGCCAACUAUUUUUAAGACGAACAUUAGAAAAAGUUCCGCAGUAUAAUUCAAAAGUAAAGGAGAAGUGACUGCACCAUCAACUAAAACGCAAACAACAGCUAUACACAGCGAAACUUUAAAUACUUACACAAAUGGGUACCCAAAAGAAUAAUACUAGUGAUUUGCCCCCCUGGGCCCAUCGCAUGAAGAGCUAUCAGUGCAAGCAGGCGGACAUGAAUCGCUUGGUUAUGAACUAUUUGGUGACAGAGGGCUACAAGGAUGCCGCCGAGAAGUUCGAAACAGAGGCCGAUCUGGAGCCGGGCGUCAAGUUCGAAAACCUGGAAGAUCGCCUGCGUAUAAGGCGCGCCGUUACUGAGGGGCGCGUCCAGCAUGCCAUGGAAUUGGCCAAAAAGCUGUAUCCGCGCAUAUUCGAGAGCGACAAUUAUAUGUACUUUCAUAUGCAGCAAUUGCGCCUAAUCGAAUUAAUUCGGGAACGUAAGCUGGAGCAGGCUCUAUCUUUUGCCCAGAGUGGUAGCUCCGGCAUGAACGACCUGAAACGUGAGAACGUUCACGAAAUGGAACGCACUUUGGCGCUGUUGGCUUUCGAGAAGCCCGAGGAGAGUCCCUUCGGAGACUUGAUGGGGCACAGCUAUAGACAGCGGGUAGGCGAUAUUGCCAGCGAAAUGAAUUCGGCCAUACUUAAGUACGAGCAGGCCGAGGAUGCAGAGCCAAAACUGAUGUUCCUCAUCAAGUUGAUAUUGUGGGCGCAGGGAAAGUUGGAUAAUCGUUGUAUUGAUUACCAAAAGUUCGACUUGGAGAGCGACGAUUUUGAGGAGGAGUUCCGACGUAUUUUGGAGUCCAAUUAAAUGUAAACUAAUACCUAUGUAUAGUAUAUGUAUGUAGCUGCUCAAAAGUUGUUUAACAUAUACAUAUGUACAUGUCUAUAUUUGUUGAUGUCUA